AUGACACAAAGGGAUGUUAUUGAUAUAAUAUCAUCAGAUGAAGAGGAAAAGAAACCAAGUUCAAAAGUUUCAAAUUCAGGUUUCAAUUUUUCACUUGAUGAUGAAGAGGAUGAUGAAGAUGAAUCAAUUGAACAAACAUUCAUGACAGAAAAAGAGAAAAAAAAAAAAUUAUCAGAAGAAAAGAAGAAAUCAAAAAAGACUACCACUACUACUACUACUACUACUUCUACAAAUAAUAAUAAUAAUAGUAUUAAUAGUAAUAAAAGGUCAUCAUAUUCAUCUUUAAUAAUUAGUAAAAAACCAAGAAUUGAUAAUGAUGGUAAUAAUAGUGGUAUUGUAAAUUUAGAUGAUUAUGAGGAUGAUAGUGGAAAUGAUAAUGAUACAAAAACCAAGAAAUCAUCAUCAUCAUCAUCGUCAAAAAGAAAAUCAAAAAAUAGUGACGAAGAUGAUGGAAAUAGUAAAAAAAAAAGAUCAACAAACGAUAAUCAUGAUAGUUUCAAUUAUAAUAAUAAUAACAAUACCAAUAAUAACACAAAUUCAAUGAUUGAUGAUGGUGAUGAAGUAUCAGAUUCUGAAUUAGAUCAAGAAUUUAAACCAUUAAAACCAUCAAAGAAAUCUACUACAACUAGUAGUAAAACUAAAUCAUCAUCAUCAUCAUCGUCAUCAUCAUCAUCAUCAUCUAAACAGAAAUCAACAUCAAGUAGUAAUAAAAAAAAAACACCAAAACCAAAAAAGAUAACAAAAACAACAUGUUUAGAAGAAACAUUCAUUAUAUUUGAUAAGAAUUUAGAGAAUGAACUUGGAAUUGAUGAUAUAAAAGCUCAAUUAGAAUUAAAAACUCCAAAUAUUGAAUUUACUAAUUCUACAAUUCCAUAUUCAAUUAGAUUUAUACGCAGAUUUAAUAAUAAUAAUCAAAAUGAUGAAGAAAAUGAUAAUAAUAAUAAUAAUAACAACAAUAAUAAUAAUAAUAAUAUUGAUAAUAAUAAUAAUAAUAUUGAUAAUAAUAAUAAUAAUAUUGAUAAUAUAAAUUCAAAUGAACAAUAUGAAAAAUUUGUAAUUUUAAAAUAUUCAGCAAAAAUGUUAACUCAAUUAAUUCAAAAUAAUGAAUUAAUUGAAAAGAUUAGUAAAGUGAAAAGAGAUAAUCCUACAUGUAAUUUCACAUUGUUGGUAGAAUCAUUGGAUUCUUAUUUACAUCAAAUUUCAAAAUCAAUUUCAAAGCAAACCAUUCAAAAAGGGUUAUUGGAAAAGAAUAUAAAUGCAUUGACAAUGAAUUUACCACCGACCAAGGUUACAAUUGAAAAGAUAUUAGUGCAAGUUCAGAUGGACUUUAGUAUUACCAUUAGAACCAUUGAGAAUAGAAAUGAUAUUGUUAAUUUUCUUUUCAAGUCUUUUCAAACUGUUGCUUUAUUACCACUACGUAAUGAGGAUCAAUUGUUUGAAGGCUUCUGUGCAGAUUCAAUAAAGAAGAGGAAACAAACUUCUCUAUGUGAUACUUGGAGUAAUCAGUUAUGUCAGAUCACUGGUAUCUCUUCGAAUAUCGCGAGAGGUAUCGUUGCAAAGUAUCCAACUGUCACUAGUUUAUUCUCUUACUAUGGUGAUUCCUCUUCAGAGUAUGAAAAAGAAAACCUUUUAAGAGAUGUUAAAAUCGACCAAAAUAGAGGUACUAAAAAUUUAGGUCCAGUUCUCUCUUCAAAAAUUUAUCAUAUUUUCUCUUCAAAAGAUCCAAAUAGAAUCAUUUAUUAA